CCACAGUCAUUUAUUGAGUGUCUACUAUAUGCUGGGCCUGUCCUGGGUGCUGGGAUACAGGAGUCAACACCUGGUCUCCGCCCUCCUGGAAUGUCCACCUCAGACCCGCAGAGAGAUGUGAACAAGAUACUAGACCUUUGUGGCUGCCCUGUGGGAAACGAGUUGAAGGAAGCCACAAUGGCAGCCUGGAAAGCAGUGAGGAGCUACUGCAACGGUCCGAGCAAGCAGUGAUGGUAGUACACGGCGGACAGUGGCAGGGGUUUCCGAGAGGAUACAUGGAUUCAGGAUUUAUGGUGGAGGUAGGGCCAAGAGGACUUUCCCAUGGAAAGAUGCUGAGGCAUCUGGGAGGUUCCCAAGAACCCGAUGUAUGACUUUGGGCUCAUCCCUUCCCCUCUCUGGGCCUCAGUUUCCCCAUAUGUCCAAUUGACCCAACCAGUGGUUUUCUAAGUGCGUCCUGGGGACCCUUCAAAGGUGGCUCCCCUCAUCCCACCUCAUUUCACUGGGCACGCCGAGCAGCUUUUCACUGUCUUAGAUGGGUUUCCCGUUAAGAUCUUGUUUAAAAAGAUUAAUAAUAAUAAUAAUAAUAAUAAUAAUAAUAAUAAUAAAAUGACGAUGCUUUCACAGCUUAAAAAACUAACUCUGGGGGCACCUGGGUGGCUCAGUCGGUGGAGCGUUCGACUUCAGCUCAGGUCAUAAUCUCACGGUUCGGGAGUUCGAGCCCCCCAUCAGGCUCUGUGCUGACAGCUCAGAGCCUGAAGCCUGCCUUGGAUUCUGUGUCUCCCUCUCUGUCGGCCCUUCCCCUGUGUACACUCUGUCUCUCAAAAAGUAAAAUAAAACAUUAAAAAAAAUCCAACUCUGUGCAAAGCUCUGGAUAGAGUGGCUUCCGAAGAUGCCGCUGAUUCAGGACUUCACUCUCCUUCCCUCUGGGGCUGACAAUGGUCAGGGGGUGGUCCAUGACUGUCCUUUGCCCUGUGUCUGCAGGUCUCCCCAAGGGGUAGACAGGCCCAGGAUUCGCACUCAGGAAAGUUAGGGCAGGGGAGAGGCAAUGAGGGAAGAAGCAGUCCCCGAGGGAGGUUUGCCGGCCCUGCUUCCAGGGCUUCCCCUUGCUGUCCGAAUGUGAUCACAUCUAGCAGCUCUUGUCCCUUCCCCUUCCCCGGUCCAGAGCAGCCGUGGUUCCCAGCCCCCACUAUCCAGCCGAGGAUCCCUUUCUGUCCAGGUCCGGUUACUCUUGGGUGGAAACAGGAUCACAGGCUGGAGAAAAAGGGGGAGAGCCGAGAUUGUUCCUCUUUCAGCAUCAGCACCUUGGACAGGUCUCUGAACGGCUCUGUGCCUCAGUUUGUCAAAUAGAAAGGAUAGCCGUAUUUUCCUCGUAGGGUUCUUGAAAAUGUCAUGAAUGAAUACCCGUAAAAGCGCUUAGGACAGGGUCUGCUGUGGGGUGGGCCUCAAUAAGCUAUCUGUUAUUAUCCGUUAUUAUCACUGUCAAGAUUGGGGUGCCCUGGGUUUGUAGCGGAAGAUGGGUCCCAGCCGCCAGCAUGGCUUUGCUGUGUAUCCUUGGGGGGAGCGACCAGUCUUUCUGGGCCCCACGUCCCUGUCUGUGAAAUGACAGAGUUAGCAUUUCCCAAAGCAUGAUACCACAGUGGUGCAUUUUACACAGUUCCCUGGAAGGAAGUUCGAAAAUCUGAGUUGGUCUUUAUUUUAAUAUCUGUCCGGGAAAAUAUAUCUGGAUCCCCAGACCUCCACUUUUAGAGAUCCAUUGCUUAGAAAGAGGCUCAAUUGGGCAUCGCCACCCUCUUGCAGGAGGACGUCCACCCUCUUACAGCCCAGAGGUUAUGGCAAGGGGUGUGGGGAGAAGGGGGGUGUCCCUGACUCCCCUCACUGCAGACCUCUCUCCCUACAGGCGCUGUUAAGUCAGCUUUGCUGUGUGAGGUGGGCCACCUCCCCCCAGCUUGCUGCUCGGCUCGCACGAAGAUCAAGCCAGGAGUCCCUCCCCUGCCCCCCUCAAGUUCCUCACUCCAUCUGUAACCCUCCUUUGUAUAGCCCUUACUCACCUCCUUCCUGUUUCUUAAAAACCCUUCCCAUAUUCCCCGGACCGAGGGCUCCUGCUUUUCCACGCUCUUCUCUUUGCUGGCUACCUUGCUUAUUUCCUUAUUUCACACUGGGGUCCCGGGAAGCGUCGGCACCCUGAAUGGCCUUGCCUGGCGUUCUCAACACUCCCUGACUGCGGUCUGUCCUGUCUCACACUAUCUUGCGUAUUUCGCCAUUUCCACACAGCCACACUUACUUUCUCCGAUCUCUCCAAAUAUCUCCCUUUUUAUACAUUUUUUUAAUGGUUAUUUAUUUUUGAGAGAGAGAGAGAGAGAGAGAGAGAGAGAGACAUACACAGAAUCCAAAGCAGGCUCCAGGCUCCGAGCUGUCAGCACGGAACCCCACGCAGGACUUGAACUCACAAACUGAGAUCAUGACCUGAGCCCAAGUCGGACGCUUAACUGACUGAGCCCCCCAGGCGCCCCAUACAAAUAUCUUCCUCUUACCACCACCCGUACCCCAGUAUUCCCUCAUUUACACUCUGACUGGGUCUGUAGACACCCCCUUGACAAGACAAAGCUUUUAUAAUCCCGCCCCCCCUCCCCCAAGCCUCCUUCCUGUCCUAAUUCUGUCCUUCCUCCAACUUUUCCCUCUCCAGCUCUACCCUUCCCCGCCGAGGCUGGCCCACAAGUCACGGUCACCCUCGUCUCUUCCCCGUGGACUACCUCCCGCCAUGUUCCCCUGAGCCCCCAAGGAGGGGGCUCAGGGGGCCCGAUGGCCUCCCGCCCCCCGUGGCCCCACAGCCCCCGUGGGCCAGGGGAAGUGCCUCGAAAGCCCCAGUGCCGAGGAUGGGCAACCGCACGUGGGAGGGCUGCCACGUGGACUCGCGCGUGGACCACCUCUUCCCGCCGUCCCUCUACAUCUUCGUCAUCGGGGUGGGCCUGCCCACCAACUGCCUGGCCCUGUGGGCGGCCUACCGCCAGGUGCGGCAGCGCAACGAGCUGGGCGUGUACCUGAUGAACCUGAGCAUCGCCGACCUGCUGUAUAUCUGCACGCUGCCGCUGUGGGUCGACUACUUCCUGCACCACGACAACUGGAUCCACGGCCCCGGCUCCUGCAAGCUCUUCGGGUUCAUCUUCUACACCAACAUCUACAUCAGCAUCGCCUUCCUGUGCUGCAUCUCCGUGGACCGGUACCUGGCUGUGGCGCACCCGCUGCGGUUUGCCCGCCUGCGCCGCGUCAAGACGGCCGUGGCCGUGAGCUCUGUGGUCUGGGCCACGGAGCUGGGGGCCAACUCGGCACCCCUGUUCCACGACGAGCUCUUCCGUGACCGCUACAACCACACCUUCUGCUUUGAGAAGUUCCCCAUGGAGGGCUGGGUGGCCUGGAUGAACCUCUACCGGGUCUUUGUGGGCUUCCUCUUCCCGUGGGCGCUCAUGCUGCUGUCCUACCGCGGCAUCCUGCGGGCCGUGCGGGGCAGCGUGUCCACCGAGCGCCAGGAGAAGGCCAAGAUCAAGCGGCUGGCGCUCAGCCUCAUCGCCAUCGUGCUGGUCUGCUUCGCGCCCUACCACGUGCUCCUGCUCUCACGCAGCGCCGUCUACCUGGGCCGCCCGUGGGACUGUGGCUUCGAGGAGCGCGUCUUCUCAGCGUAUCACAGCUCACUGGCCUUCACCAGCCUCAACUGCGUGGCCGACCCCAUCCUCUACUGCCUCGUCAACGAGGGGGCCCGCAGCGACGUGGCCAAGGCCCUGCACAAUCUGCUCCGCUUCCUGGCCAGUGACAAGCCGCAGGAGAUGGCCAACGCGUCGCUCACCCUGGAGACCCCGCUCACCUCCAAGAGGAACAGCAUGGCCAAGGCCAUGGCAGCUGGCUGGGCAGCAGCUCCACCCUCCCAGGCGGACCAGCUUCAGCUAAAGAUGCUGCCGCCAGCACAGUGAGCCUCCAACUUGCGCAGAACUCCCUCUCCCAGCUCCUCAAAUCUUAGCCCACAUUCCCUUCCCUCCUGGUCUGAUGUAUGCAAACUGUAUGUAAAUAAGGCUGUGUUAACAUUCGGAAGAGUGUAAGAAAAUAGGAAAACGGUGAGGUUGGUGGGUCACUGGUCCAUCAUCGUCCACCGUGACCUCCUUCAGUUUAUCUGUGCCUAGCGCUGCGCUGGGUGGUCCUCGUGACAUAGUGGUGACCAAGAACACCGCUGGCCCUCCUUCACUCGCCCACACUCCCAUGGGGGAGACAGACCUGCCCCCAGACAGUGAUGAUCCUGACUGGGUGGGGCUCAGACAGGGAGCCCAAAGGACAUCGGACCCAGUCUGUGAGUCAGGGAGGGCUUCCUGGAGGAGGGGACAAGGUAAAUGAAGUCAAAUGUUUGGUCUCCAGAAGGUAAAGACCAAAAGAGGAAAAAGGAUAUUUCCAACAAGGAGGUAGAAUUUUUGUGACUGAAGGAGACGGAAGAAGAAAUUCACUGAGUGCAGAGUGAACAUCUUUGCCCUUGGGAAGCCCCUGGUCACAUAAGGGAGUGAGGGCACAAAGAACAGGUGUGAGUUUCUAGAUAAACCGUGUUCUCCAAGUCAGGACUGAGGGCCAGGGAGACUUUCAGAACCUAAGGGAAGGGCAAUCGGGGCAGACUGGUUGGAGGAGUGGCGGGCAGGGCAAGCUUGGGAAGGGGCUCAGGACAAGAGAAGGGUAUUUAUUCAUUUGUUCAACAGAGAUUUAUUUAUAUCUACUCUCUGCCCAGCCCUGUGCUGGCUGGGGCUGGGAACUCAAGGGUGACCAAAUCAGCCCAGGCCCCACCCUCAUGGGGCUCACGGUAAACAAGUAAAUAAAAAUAAAUACAAUGUUUGGAA